GGCGCACAACAUUGUUGUUUUUGUGCGCGACUCAUCUCGUUAUCUCUCAUAAUCGUUGUAAAUUGUUAAUUUCGUGUUGUAAAAAAACAAUAAUAAUGUGUGCUAAAAGUAAAAUAAUUUGUUAAAUUUGACAACAAAACGGACGCGAUGUGAGCAUUUGGGUUUAAUUAAUCUCUAGGCAGUUUGGACCACACGCAAAGAGAGGGCGUCAACAAAGGGCGAAACAGUGCAGGAAGAAGAAGAGUGGAAUAUUCAACGUCGUUCUUUUUCAUACAUACAAACUAAGCAAACAAACAAAUACAUAGAUAUUCAUUUUCACUAUAGUUAGUGGUAUAAAUAGUGAACGAAACCAGCCAUGAGUAACCACAGAUAUCACGGCGGCGGCAGUUACAUGCACCCGAGAAUGUAUCCACAUCAUUUUACAUACGUUUCCAGCUGUGUGAAAUAUUUGAUCUUUUUGCUGAACUUUUUGUUCUGGCUGUUUGGAGGUCUCUUGAUGGCCAUUGGUAUCUAUGCGUUCAUGGACAAGCUUAAGGAUGGAAAUGGAUGGGUUCGGCUCGAGACAAUCUACGAUGUCAUCUUUAACAUAUCCCUAGUUAUGAUCAUCGCAGGCAUUGUGAUAUUUGUGGUCAGCUUUGCGGGUUGCCUGGGCGCUCUAAGGGAGAACACUUGUUUGCUCAAAUUCUACUCGAUGUGCCUGCUAGUCUUCUUUCUUAUGGAAAUGGCCAUAGCCAUCAUUUGCUUUGUCUUCCCUCAAAACAUGAAUUCAUUCCUGGAGCUGCAGUUUACGGACAAGAUAAUACAUUCCUAUCGCGACGACUCGGAUCUUCAGAAUUUCAUCGAUUUUGCACAGCAGGAGUUCAAGUGCUGUGGCCUCAGCAAUGCAGGUUAUCAGGAUUGGAGUAAAAAUGAAUAUUUCAACUGUUCUUCGCCGUCGGUAGAGAAGUGUGGCGUGCCCUACAGUUGCUGCAUAAAUGCUACGGACAUAAGCUCUGGCCUAGUCAACAUUAUGUGCGGCUAUGGAGUGCAAGAGCAUUCGGUGGCGGCGGCCAGCAAACGCAUAUGGACUAGCGGCUGCAUUGAGAUCGUACGAGUUUGGGCCGAACGCAAUCUGUAUGUGAUCGCUGGCGUUGCUUUGGGCAUUGCGCUAUUGCAGCUGUUUGUUAUUUAUUUGGCCAAGACUCUGGAGGGUCAAAUUGAAAUGCAAAAGUCGCGCUGGUCGUGAGUGCCAUAGCACCCGGUCUUUUACGGGUAUCCAUUCGAUGAUUUCUACUACUACGACACCCAAAUGUAAACGAUGCGGCUUGCGACUUGGUUGUGUUGCUAGCCAAGUUAAAUAUCUCUAUAUCUUUGUCAAGUUAAUCUGGUCCGCGCAGUGCUCAAACAAAUUUCACAACACUUUUAUCAAUUAGUAUUAACCAAAUACGGUCGAGGAAACACACUCGACUGUUUGCAUUUCAUGAAUACUCUUCUUGCCUUUUGAUAAUUUCGAAUUUCAGUAUUCCUCUUUAUUCUCGACCAUUUCUUCCGCUCUGAAUACUAGUUGUAGUCCUUAUACAUCUAUACUCAAAUAAUCAUAGACAUUAUUAUUGUAUUGUAUUAAAAAAAUGCCACAUUUACAAAAAGAGCAUUGCCAAUUUAAAGCAUGUUUUGUGUGUAAGUAUUUUAAAGGCUUAUGGAGCAUAGACAAAAUUUGAAAUGAACAAAAAAAUAUAAGAAAUUUGAUGUAUUUAUAUGUAUGCAAUAACAUUGUGUUUUUUACAUGACGUACGAAUAAAAGACAUAAUGUACAUAGUUAUUAAGCAAAACGACGUGUAUGCAUUUAAAAUGGUAAUUUUAAUUUUAAAUAUAUAUCAAAUAAUACCAAAAUUGCAUGCGCAUUUAUAAUAAAAAAAAAAUGAUAUUAUUAAUAAAAACCCCUCUGGUAGAUCAUCACCAAAAUACUCUUGUCUAAAAAAGUAUGAAAUAAAUACAGAUAUAUUAAACCUUUAGAUUUGUGGUUUUCAAUACUCAACACAAGUAAAUAAAAGCUCACAUGUGAUUUUAAUUUAGAGCUCCGUUUAACUAUUAUUUUUUGCAAAGUAAAAAGUCUAAAUUGUUUUCGUAAUUGCUACGAAACAGAUUUAAAAAAAAAAAAACAAUUUGCAAUAACUAUAUCAUAGUUUAUAAAAAACCACAUGGCCACUAAAAUAAUUAAUUUCAUAAAAUUUCGCAAUGCUCACAUAAUAAUCAUUUAUGCCAGGGUCAAAGAUUGAAUGGGCAAUAUUUAAAGCAUUUAAUAGAACGGAGCACUGAUAAGCAGCAUUCAUAUGAGAAUAGUACGUCAUACACAUAUAUGUACAUACAUUCAUAGUAGAGUAUUAUUUACUUUACUACAGAAAAUAGUUAUCUUAACAUGCAGCUUCCGUCAUUUUUUAUUUACGCCAAUUAAAAUAUAAACCUAUAACGACAGAAUAAAUAUUUCAUAAAAAAAUACUUACAUUGAGGCAAAACAAAAACCACAUAUAUAUGUGUAAUUUGUAGAAAAGUUAUAAUCUUUAUUGUUUUAUGCAAAAUCAGAUUGAAAUGUAUCAUGCAGGCGUUUUAGUACUUGAUAAUGCUGCGAAUACUUUCGCCUUUGUGCAUCAGAUCAAAAGCCUCAUUGAUUUCAGACAAUGGCAUUUCAUGGGUAAUGAACUCAUCAAC